UGCGUCGUACGACUGAAAUGACAAACUGCGUUUGUUUGCUCUUGGUGCCAGUUGCAGAGUCCUUCUUACAUUGAAAUUUAAAUUAUGUUUAUAAUUAAUGCAAAAUCCAGUGCAGUGUCUCGGUCCUCCGCCGAGUUGUCGUGAUCAGUGUGUGUGUGUGUGUGGUUUUAUUGAAACACAUCUUUCAUUAAUAGCAUGUCAAGAUCGAGUUUGAUCACGAUCAUAAGCCGAAGACCCAUUUGUCACGGAAUGCCACGAUAGAUACUUUGAAAUGGCAGUACGAAGUCGCCCGGAGCUUUUUGAUUUCCAUGGUGUUUCCAUGGUGAACUACUUCACAGACAACUGGGAGGAUGUGCAGAAGUUCAAGGCCAGGCCCGAUGACAUUCUCAUUGCAACGUACCCUAAAGCAGGUACAACCUGGGUCUCUCAGAUUGUGGACCUGCUGUAUUUCGGGAAAACCUUACCUGAACGCAAGGACUCAAUUCCCAUCCACGAAAGAGUUCCAUUCCUGGAGACCUCCUUUCCGGGUCUACCAAGAGGUACAGAGCUGGCAGAUUCCAUGACCUCAUCUCCUCGGGUGAUUAAGACCCAUUUUCCAGUUCAGUUUGUGCCCAAGUCGUUCUGGGAACAAAACUCCAGGGUCAUUUACAUGGCCCGUAAUGCCAAGGACAACGCUGUGUCCUACUUCCACUUCGAUCGGAUGAACUUUGUGGAGCCGGAACCCGGGGACUGGCCUUCUUUUCUGCAGCGGUUCAAGAAGGGAGACGUGGUCUUUGGCUCCUGGUAUGACCAUGUGAAAAACUGGUGGGAGAAGAAAGAGAUCAACUCCAACAUCCUCUACAUGUUCUAUGAAGACCUGGCUGAGGAUACGGACCGGGAGAUAAACAGGAUCUGCUCAUUCCUGGGUAUCUCUCCAUCGAAGGAGGAGCGAGACUAUGUGAGAGGGCAGGUGGACUUUAACACCAUGAAGAAUAACAGAAUGGCCAAUUACUCCACCAUUUCUGUGAUGGAUUUUAAAAUCUCACCGUUCAUGCGAAAAGGAAAGGUUGGUGACUGGAAAAACCACUUCACUGUGGCUCAGAAUGAAGACUUUGAUGAGGAUUACCAGAAAAAUAUGGCAAACACCACGCUGCAUUUUAAGACCGAGAUAUAGUUCGUCGUCCACUGAUGAAAGGCAAAUUGACGCGUUCAUUUGGUUGGAGUUAUAAUGGGUGUUGAGAUGGUUUCAAACGGAUGGAGCCCAGUGCUUUGCACCCUGCUGUUUAGUGAAAAAUUUGUCUUAAAACUUAAUGAGGGCACUUCUCUUUUAACUAAUUAACACGGGCCAAAUAAGGCCCAGGAAUAUGUUUACGCUUCAGUAA